AUGGAUGUAUUUGGAAUGGUUCAAGCUCUCUAUGAAGGUCAUACUCUUCCAAAAUCAGCAACUCAGACUAAUUUGGUGUUAAUUCCUAAAAAGUCAGAAGUUCACAUUUGUGGGGAUCUUAGACCAAUUAGCUUGAGUAAUUUCAUAAAGAAGGUCAUUUCUAGAGUGGUUCAUGGAAGACUGGAUAAGAUUCUGCCAGGGUUGAUUCCUAGCAACCAGUCUGGCUUUGUGAAGGGAAGACGCAUUAUUGGGAAUGUAUUGCUCACUCAAGAAAUUGUCACAGAUAUUAGAAAGAGAGCAGAAGUGAUGUCUAGGGCACUUAAUUCUUUAUUUGAGUAUGAUCAAUAUAGGUGCUUUGAUAUGCCUAAAUGGAGUGCAAACCUCAAGAAUCUUGCUUAUGCAGAUGAUACUAUCAUCUUUACAUCAGCUGAUAAACCAUCUUUGGAGCUGACUAUGAAUGUUUUGAGCGAAUAUGAGAAGAUAUCAGGUCAAUUGUUAAAUAGAGAGAAAAGUUUUUUCUACAUGCAUCAGAAAUCAGCUAUGCAGUUAUGUCAAGAAGUUGAGCAGAUAGCUGGUUUCACAAGAGGCAUGUUUCCAUUUAAAUAUCUUGGUUGUCCUAUUUUCCAUUCUAGGAAAAGAAAAGUGUAUUAUAAUGAUCUGAUCAAGAGGGUGAAAGAUAGGCUGCAGAACUGGAAGGGAAGGUUAUUAUCAUUUGGAGGGAAAUCAGUACUUAUUAAUAGUGUUUUACAAAGUAUGCCAAUGUAUCUUUUAUCUGCAAUGGAACCUACUAAGUAUACAGUAAAUGAACUGCAUAAAAUCUUUGCUAGAUUUUACUGGAGUAACAAGGAAGAAGGCAAGAGUAGACACUGGUCAGCUUGGCUGAAAGUUUGUGUUCCUAAACAGGAGGGAGGAUUGGGAUUUAGGUCCAUCUUUGAUGUAUCAAAAGCUUUAUUUACUAAGUUAUGGUGGAGAUUCAGAACAGUUGGUACUUUGUGGUCAAUAUUUAUGUGGAAUAAGCAUUGCAAGAAGCAUAUACCAACCAGGGUUCAAUGGAAAGGAGGCUCACAACUAUGGAAGAAGAUGCUAGAAGCAAGAGAUGCUAUAGAAAAGGAGAUAUGGUGGGACUUAGAAAUGGCACUGCUAACUUUUGGUUUGACAAUUGGACUAAGCUUGGUGCUCUUGCUCAGCUUAUGCCAUCUAAUUUCCCAAUGGAUGAUAGCAUUCAGGAGGUAG